GUGCCCUGCUUGUUCAAUUGACCAAUCACCACGUAGAGUUUUUGAAUAUAAAUCAAAAUAGCCAUCUCCUUUCUUUUUCAUUACAUUUUUUUUCAUUAUGAGUAGACCAGGACCAGCAGGCAAAUACAAUAACUUUACACAAGGUUCUCAAAGUUAUUCUGCAAGUAAUGUCAAUGCCAAUCCUAAUGCCCAACGUGGAGAGCAGUUAAAGUCAUUGCGAUGUGUCUUUUGUGAUACUGAAAAACCUCUUGAAGCUUUCUCUCAAACACAAAUCGCCAAAGCCACUUUUAAUCCUUGGGCACCUCCUUCUUAUAAUAACAAGAAGAAGACUAUUUCCUGCAAGAAAUGUACAGCUUCUCAAACAACUCACUUGACUUGUAUGCUUUGUUCCAAGACAAAGACAUUGGACAAAUUUGCUAAAUCUCAAAGAAGAAAUCAAGAAAAGGCUCGUUGUAUGCAAUGUAUUAAGAAAAGAGAAGAAGAAGAUGUUUGGGCUUCAGAUCCUGAUACUGAAUCUGAUGAAUAUGGGGAUUUCUAUUAAUAUGUAAAUUUUUUAUUGUUUGUAUGGUACAAGAUGGAAUAAAAUGAUAGCAAAAAUUAGAUGUACAAAAUGAUUAUUUA